UCUAGCGUCUCUGGCCCUUUGCUAAACUCACUCUUGAUUUAAACAUCAUUUGGAAGGCAAUCACUGUCCAGACUUACAUCUGGACAAGCAUGCCAGCCUCCAGGGGCCUCGGUAUUUUAACCUGCUGUGUCAGAUGCAGAGAGGGAUCUACACCCACGUUCCUGCCCUGGUGGCUGCAGACAUGCUACCCCUACUGCUGCUGCCCCUGCUGUGGGGGGGGUCCCUGCAGGAGAAUGCAGAGUAUGAGCUCCGAGUGCAGGAAUCAGUAACAGUGCAGGAGGGUCUGUGUGCAGACGUGCCCUGCUCUUUCUCCUACCCCUGGAGCUGGUGGUAUUCCUCUGGGAUCCCAUAUAUGUACUGGUUCCGAGAUGGGGACAACAUACACAAUUCCCAGCCUGUGGCUACAAAUAACCGAAGGAUAAAGGUGAAGACAGAGACCCAGGACCGAUUCCACCUCAUCGGGAACCCCCUGGACAGCAACUGCUCCCUGAGAAUCAGAGAGGCCAGGACGAAGGACCAGGGAGUCUACCAAUUCCGAGUGGAGAGAGAUACCGUGAGAUAUACUUACAGAGAUAAGAAGCUGACCCUGAAGGUGGCAGCCCUGACACAGAAACCGGACAUCCACUUUCUGGAGCCCCUGAGGUCUGGCUUCCCCCAAAACCUGACCUGCAGUCUGCCGGGAUUCUGCGAAGGGGGAAGACCUCUCACCUUCUCCUGGGUAGGGGGUGCUCUGGACCGGCUGGACCCCCAGACCGUGUCCUCCUCAGUGCUGACCCUCACCCCGAGGCUGCAGGACCAUGGCAGCAACCUCACCUGUCGGGUGUCCCUGCCAGGAGCUCAGAGCACCGUGGAGAGAACCAUCAGGCUCAAUGUGUCCUACGCUCCCCAGAACCUCACCAUCAGCAUCUUCUUCAGUGAUGUUGCAGCCCUGAAGAUUCUGGAAAACACCUCAUCCAUUCUCAUCCAGAAGAGCUGGGCUCUGCAACUGCUCUGUGCUGCUGACAGCAACCCCCCUGCGGAGCUGAGCUGGUUCCAGGGGUCCCCCGCCCUGAAUGCCACCCCCAUCUACAGAAGUCCCAUCCUGGACCUGCCUCAAGUAGGGGUUUCGGAGCAAGGAGACUUCACCUGCCGAGCUCAGAACUCGCUGGGCUCCCAGCACGUCUCCCUGCACCUCUCUGUGGUCUACCCCCCGCGGCCGCUCAGCCCCUCCUGCUCCUGGGAGGGCGAGGCGCUGCAGUGCACCUGCUCCUCCCACGCGCGCCCGGCCCCCACCCUGCGCUGGCGCCUGGGGGAGGGGCUGCUGGAGCGGAACCACAGCAAUGCCUCCUUGACUGUCACCUCCAGCUCUGAGGGGCCCUGGGCCAACAGCUCCCUGAGCCUCCGUGGGCCGCUGGGCUCUGGCCUCAGACUCAGCUGCGAGGCCUGGAAUGCGCACGGGAAACAGAGCGCCACUGUCCUGUUGCUGCCAGGGAAAUCGGUAUUCCUGGCAGGAGCCAUGCCUGCAGCUCUUGGAGGUGCUGGUGCCACUGCUCUGCUGUUCCUAUGUCUGUGCCUCUCCUUCUUUUGCAUAAUGAAAGCCCGCAGGAAGCAGACAUCUGGGAGUGGAGACGGCAUGGAUGAUGAAGAUCCUGUCAUGGGUACCGCUGCCUGGGGUUCCAGGCAAAAGGCCUGGCCAGACAGCCCCCAAGACCAGGCGACUCCUGCUGGGGAUGCCCCUACCUCAGGGGAUCAACAGGAUCUGCAUUAUGCCUCCUUCAGCUUUCAUGAGAUGAAGUUGAGGGAGCCUCAGGAUGAGGAGGCCACCAGCACCAACGAGUACUCAGAGAUCAGGACAAGCAAAUGAGGACUGCUCAGAGCUUGGUGCUGGCCUGGGGAAUCACAAUCCCUGGGGGAGAAGAGUCAGGCACUAAGCAGUGAAGCAUGUGGAGCCCUGUGGCAAUAUGAACAGGAAAAACUGUCCAUGUGUCCCCAGGCAGAGCUGACUUGGGCUCAAACAUAGACUAUCCAGCAAGUUGCUCCAUUUCCCUGUGCCUGUUUCCUGUUCUGUAAAUCAGAGAUCAUGCAUCCUGCCUCAGAGGUGGUUGUGGACAUUAAAGAAAUUAACAUGCAGAAAUCAA